AUGCAGCGUACUGAUGGUGUCUCCGUCAUGCGUCGACGCGGUCCCAAGCCGCUGCUUUCGGUGGAGCACGAGACGCAGCUUGUGCAGUGGGUGCUAGAGCAGCAGAGUGCAGGACAGCGCGUGUCACGCGACGACGUCAUCGCGCAGGCCCAAGAAAUACUUCGACAAGACGAAACUCCACCUCAACAUGAACAGGAUACCAAGCCAACGCAAAAGCUUGGUAUGGGCUGGUGCAACCGCUUCAUAGCGAGAUAUUCAGAGCUCAGUUUGCGCUCCGAAGGUUCACAUGUUUGGCCACUACGUGUUAGUGGUGAAAUGUGUCAGAUUUCCUUGGCAGCGUCGAAGUGGCAAAGCUACUACACAAACGGACAAACGGCAAAAAAAUUGCAAAAGAGAUGA